AUGUUCGCCUUAGCAGCAGGAGUGCUGCGCUGGCUGUCGCAGCAGCAGGAAGUGCGGGUGCUGCUGCUGGGCCUUGAGGGCAGCGGCAAGACAACCCUGGCGCUGCAGCUGCAGACUCACAGCAGCAGCAGCAGCAGCAGCAGCAGCAGCAGUGCUUGCGACCUGCCGUCUGUGCGCCCGACGAAGGGCUUCACGGUCUACAAGGUGCAGCAGCAGCAGCAGCAGCAGCAGCUGCUGCUGUGGGACCUCGGCGGCAGCAAACCAUUUCGCUGCUUGUGGGGAGAAUAUAUAAAAGAUGCAAACAUUUGCUUCUUCGUGAUUGAUAGCACAGAGACCAGCAGCAUGCCGGAGGCUGCUGCUGCUUUUGCAGAACAGCAGCAGCGCGCGACGCAGCUGCCAGUGCUCAUUGUCUGCACCAAGCAAGGGGAGCCAGGCGCGGUGGAGCCUGAAGUAAUUCUGCAGCGGCUGCUGCUGCUGCAGUUCCAGCAGCAGCAGGAAAAGCAGCAGCAGGAACAGCAGCAGGAACAGCAGCAGGAGCAGCAGCAGCAGGCCCAAGAAGCUGCACUGCAGCAGCAGCAAGACAUGGUUAGGCGGCACUUGACGUUUGCAGCGGCGGCUCCACCAUAUGCAGGCGCUGCGGAGCAGCAGCAGCAGCAACAGCAGCAACGAGAAGAUCAGCAGCAGCAGGAGAAUCAGCAGCGGCAGUUUGCAGAGGCGGAGGAGCUGGCAAAAGCAGCAGCGCAGUGUACAGACACUUCAGAGGGUGCGAGCGUGCAGCAGCCAGAAGCCCCCAGGAGCAGCAGCAGCAGCAGCAGCAGAAGCCGCAGCAGCCCGCAGCCACAUGAAGGCCCCAGCAGCAGCAGCAUAACCUGCAGCAGCAGCGGCCAGCCAGCCCCGGGCAGUGAGCCCUCGCCCACCAGUGACUUUAGCCUGGCAACAACAGCAGCACAGCCGCCGUCUCUAAGCAGCAGCAGCAGCAGCAAAAGCAGCUGCCCCGGCAGCAGCAGCAGCAAAAGCAGUGACCCCGGCAGCAGCAACAGCAAGCUGAUCAGCAGCAGCAAGAGCAGCUGCCCGGCCAGCACCAGCAGCACCAAAACCAGCGACCCACGCAGCAGCAGCAAACCAAACAGCAGCAGCAGCAGCAGCAGCAGCAGCUGGAAGGUGCUGUACGAGGCUGGAGACACUGACGACUUUGACCGGCUGCUGCAGCGGCAGUGUCUAGCGGUCUUACACAACAGCUGA